CCUGCCAUCAGAGGAGAAGGACCCUUCACGCCAAAAUCUGGCAUGUCAUCCCUGCCUGAAGGAGUAGAGGGAAUUACAGAAUUUACUAAGUGAAGAUUAUUAUCUGCAGGAACGCCAACCCACCCAUCCUCAAGAACUUCAGAGCAGCUGCCCAAAAAGAUCCUUGAAAUGGCACUCCUGGGGGGCAGGGAGCCUCCAUGAACACCAUGAGCGGGAGUAGGAGGUCUGCUGCAGGAAGGGGAAGUCAGUGAAAAUCAGUAUAAAUUUUCUACGGAAUCCAGAUGCAUAGACUUUUGAAGGUAUUUCAGUGACAAGACUGGAGGACAUGAAAAAAGCCUUAUGGUGACUGACUGCUCUGGCACUGGCAGCAGGGAGCAGCUCUUCUUUUCUGAAGGGAUCUAGGGUUCCAGAAGUCAGUCUCUCAGGUAAGGACAGACAAUCCAAUGGCUGACCAAAGAAUGGAUAUUUCUUCUACAAUCAGUGAUUUUAUGUCACCAGGUCCUACUGACCUAAUCUCUAGUUCUCUUAGCACUUCAGGAAUGGAUUGUAACAGGAAAAGGAAAGGAAGUUCUACUGAUUAUCAACUUGAUGGCUUUUCUUUUGAAGAAGGUAUGGAUACAGACAAAGAUGAUCAACAUGGAAGGUUGGAAUACACAGAUCAACAAGGCAGAAUUAAAAAUGCAAGGGAAGCUCACAGUCAGAUUGAAAAAAGACGUCGUGAUAAGAUGAACAGUUUUAUUGAUGAACUGGCCUCUUUAGUGCCAACAUGUAAUGCUAUGUCCAGAAAACUAGAUAAGCUUACGGUACUGAGAAUGGCUGUUCAGCAUAUGAAGACAUUACGUGGUGCCACAAACCCAUAUACUGAAGCAAACUACAAACCUGCUUUUCUAUCAGAUGAUGAAUUAAAACAUCUUAUUCUUAGGGCAGCAGAUGGCUUUCUCUUUGUUGUGGGUUGUGACAGGGGAAAGAUACUGUUUGUUUCAGAAUCGGUCUUCAAAAUCCUCAACUACAGUCAGAAUGAUCUGAUUGGUCAAAGUUUGUUUGACUACCUUCAUCCUAAAGACAUUGCCAAAGUUAAGGAACAGCUUUCUUCUUCUGAUACUGCGCCACGAGAAAGGCUUAUAGAUGCAAAAACUGGGCUUCCAGUUAAAACCGAUAUAACACCUGGGCCAUCACGACUAUGCUCUGGAGCAAGACGCUCAUUCUUUUGUAGGAUGAAAUGCAACAGGCCAUCUGUGAAAGUAGAAGAUAAAGACUUUCCUUCCACCUGUUCCAAGAAGAAAGCAGACCGAAAAAGCUUUUGCACGAUCCAUAGCACAGGAUAUUUAAAAAGCUGGCCACCAACAAAAAUGGGACUAGACGAAGACAAUGAGCCUGAUAAUGAAGGCUGUAACUUAAGCUGUCUUGUUGCAAUUGGACGGUUGCAUCCUCAUGUAGUUCCUCAGCCAGUAAAUGGAGAGAUAAGGGUUAAGCCGACAGAGUAUGUUUCUCGACAUGCAAUUGAUGGGAAAUUUGUGUUUGUGGAUCAGAGGGCAACUGCCAUUUUGGCAUACUUACCACAGGAACUUCUAGGUACUUCAUGUUAUGAAUACUUUCAUCAAGAUGAUAUAGGACAUCUGGCAGAAUGCCAUCGACAAGUUUUACAGACAAGAGAAAAAAUUACUACUAAUUGUUAUAAGUUUAAAGUCAAAGAUGGAUCUUUUAUUACACUGAGGAGUUGUUGGUUCAGUUUCAUGAACCCGUGGACCAAAGAAGUAGAAUACAUUGUCUCAACUAACACAGUGGUUUCUACCAAUGUACUUGAUGGUGGAGAUGCAACUUUUCCACAGCUUGCAGCUUCGCCGCACAGCAUGGACAGUGUUCUUCAGGCUGGAGAAGGUGCACCCAAGAGGGCCCUUCCAACAGUUCCUGGAAUUCCAGGUGGAACAAGAGCUGGAGCUGGUAAAAUUGGUAGGAUGAUUGCUGAAGAAAUUAUGGAAAUUCACAGGAUAAGGGGCUCUUCACCUUCAAGCUGUGGCUCUAGCCCAUUGAACAUGACCAGCACUCCUCCCCCGGACACUUCCUCACCAGGAGGAAAAAAGAUUUUGAAUGGUGGAACUCCAGACAUUCCUCCGGCCAGUUUACUAUCAGGACAGAUCCAAGAUAAUCCAGGUUAUCCAUAUUCUGAUAACUCUUCUAUUCUUGGGGAAAAUUCUCAUAUAGGCAUUGACAUGAUAGACAAUGACCAAGGCUCCAGCAGCCCUAGCAACGAUGAGGCUGCGAUGGCAGUGAUCAUGAGUCUUUUGGAAGCUGAUGCAGGUCUUGGGGGUCCUGUCGAUUUUAGUGACUUACCGUGGCCCUUGUAAAUACUACCCAAUAGCUUUGACAUCCGGUUAAGUGGUUCGACUGCGAAUCAGCACUCAACUGGUUCGAAUCCCACUACUGCCAUGAGCUUAGUAGGUGGCCUUGGGUAAGCCACUCCUCUCAGCCCCAGCUCCCCAGCUGUAUUGUGGGGAUAAUAAUAACACUAACUUGUUAACCGCUCUGGGUGAGGCACUAAUCUGUCUAGAAGAGUGGUAUAUAAGUGUAGUUAUUAUUAUUAUUAUUAUUAUUAUUAUAUAUCCAAGUGCAUUAUUGGUGGAGUUCUCCAAUCUGUGAAGCUUGUUGAAUUGCUUUGAUGUUUUAAUUUCAUAAAAGCCAUAUCAAGAGAACAGUCAUCUUUCUCCCAUGUGUAAUUUCAGACCAAGUGGAGAUCAACCUGCUACAAUGUUCCCACAUAAUUGAUCUGGUUAGCCUGUGUAUAGCCUGCACUAACUGUAUAUUUUGAAUUCUGUUCUUGUGUAACUUUUUUAAAAAAAAUCACUGUGCAAACCAAGCACUGGUCAUUUCAGCUAUAUGGUGUGUUUUUACACUACAGAAGAGGUCUUAUGUGGAUAAUGGAUAUUCUUAUACUAUUGUAUCAUAAAGCUGUUUCUUGUAAGAUCCUUUACUAUAAAUAUUGUUGAAGUGUAAUGUAUUAGACAGUUGAAUAUUUUUAAAA